UCCAACAUGCACAAAGGGUCAAAUUCCACGUCGCGUUUUUCUAUGGUUAAUGGAGUCAGUCAACGACAGGAAAAGCUGCAUCACGCAAGAAAAAUGCUUUCCUCCAAACACAUACCCGCCCACUCAAUCCCACCUCACGCUGUGAUGCGGCUGGCAAAAGCAUGGCUUGCCGAGGACACCCCAAACUUUGAUCCGGCAGGAGUGUGUGUGGGAUUUCAGGAAGUUGAAGCAAGACUGUUGUGUAAAAGUCCACACAGUAUCUUGGCAGGAAGUCCCUUCUUUACUGCUGUGUUCACGGAGGUCGGCUGCACUGUGGAUUGGAUUUACCAGGAUGGAGAUGAAAUGGGCCCAGAUACUGUCACGCUUACUGCUGUGGUUCGGGGUCCGGCCAGAUGUCUCCUCCUGGGUGAAAGGCCAGCUCUAAACUGUAUUGCCCGGGCCUCGGGGAUUGCCACUCGGUGUUCUCAACUCCGAAAAAUGGCAACAGCAAAAGGAUGGCACGGUGAAGUGGCAGGAACACGUAAAACGACCCCAGGCUUCCGAUUGGUGGAGAAGUACGCUAUGCUGGUGGGUGGUGUGUCCAUGCACAGGCAGGAUUUGAGUGGAAUGGUGAUGCUGAAGGACAACCAUGUCUGGGCUUCAGGAAGCAUCACAGAGGCUGUGAAAGCCGGCAGGUCGGUGUGUGGUUUCAGCAGUAAGAUUGAGGUGGAGUGUCGUUCCACAGAAGAAGCCAUGGAGGCAGCCACAGCUGGAGCAGAUAUAGUUAUGCUUGACAAUUUUCAGCCACAGGCGCUCCAUCUUGCAGCUGGCGCACUAAAGCAAGAAUUCCAAGGUCUGCUGAUAGAAGCCAGCGGAGGAGUGACACCAGAAAAUCUAGUCGAGUAUUUCUCUCCAUAUGUGGACAUAAUCUCCAUGGGUUGUAUUACACAAGGGUGCCCAGUUGUGGACUUUUCACUAAAGGUUCAAAAGCCCGUUUCCUAGUCAGACCUCCAUGAAGGAGUGGCACUGGAAACAUGUUGUACAUUCACCUAAAAGUAAUUUCAAUGAUUUACUUGCAUUAAAAAUAGGUCACAAGUGAGAAGAAAGGGGUGACAUCACCCCGCUUCCAUAAUAGUUCCAUAAUAGUUUAUUCACAUUCACUCUUCAUUCUGCAAAAAGAGCUUUAGAAUAGUCCAUAAGGUACUGUCUUGUCUAUGUAUGUCUAAGGCAGGAGCACCCAAACUUUUUUGCCCCAAGAUUGACUUUUCAAGCAGCCGACCUUCGGCGAUUUACUCACCAGAUCUGGGGGCGGAGAACGCAUGCGCAAGACUGUACCGUCACCGGCCGUGAAAAAAUCAAGAGACAUAAAUAGGAGGCCAACUAGCCAGGUUGCUAGAGUAUGCUUUUACAGUAUGUGCGCAUGUGCAGUGGUAGAGUAUGCUUUUAUGUACGCAUGUGCAGUGACAUGUCAGAAUAGGCUUUGAUGGAAACUGACAUCAUUUUCUUUUCCUGUCACGCGGUCCACAUGAUAAA